UGCCUGGUCGUUGGCGGCGGUGUCUCGAGCACUGAGGGGGGGGGGAGUCCGGAGGGGGGGAGGGAUGCGGACGGGGAAAGAUGGCGGCCUCGUCGAACAACCCGCGGAAAUUCAGCGAGAAGAUCGCGCUGCACAACCAGAAGCAGGCCGAGGAGACGGCGGCCUUCGAGGAGGUCAUGAAGGACCUCAGCCUGACGCGCGCCCACCGGCUGCAGCUGCAGAAAACACAGUAUUUACAGCUGGGUCAGAGUCGUGGCCAGUACUAUGGAGGGUCCCUACCCAAUGUCAAUCAGAUUGGGAGCAGUGCCAUGGACCUGCCUUUCCAGACUCCGUUUCAGUCAUCAGGAUUAGACACCAGUAGGACUACUCGACACCACGGGCUGGUGGACAGAGUGUAUCGUGACCGGAAUCGCCUGGGCUCACCCCACCGCCGCCCACUGUCUGUGGAUAAGCAUGGCAGACAGGUGGACAGUUGUCCAUAUGGUACCGUGUAUCUGUCACCUCCUUCGGAUACCAGCUGGAGAAGGACCAAUUCGGAUUCUGCCCUGCACCAGAGUACCAUGGCCCCAGCUCAACCCGAGCCUUUUUCAGGAGGGUCCCAGGACAUGCAACAGAAAAGAGUCCUACUGUUGACCGUCCCUGGCAUGGAGGAAGGCACAUCGGAGACAGACAAAAACCUUUCAAAGCAAGGAUGGGACACUAAGAAGACAGGAUCCUCCAGGCCCAAAUCCUGUGAAGUUCCAGGAAUCAACAUCUUUCCAUCGGCCGACCAGGAAAACACUACCACGCUUAUCCCUGCCACACACAACACAGGUGGCUCCCUGCCGGACUUGACAAACAUCCACUUCCCUUCUCCCCUCCCAACGCCGCUGGACCCGGAAGAGUCUACCUUCCCCUCCCUGAGCAGCUCCAACAGCACCCGGGAACCAUGCGCGGCCAACCUGGCCUUUUUGGAUGGAGUGGGGGGGGGUGGUCAGCUAGUGCCUGCUUCUUCCCAGCAACACCGGCAGCCAACUGUCAGCCCCCUUUCGUUGAACACAGACUCCCGGAGGCCCACAUCCCAGCAAGUCUCUCCCACGCUCUCACCUCUGUCGCCCAUCACUCAGGUAUUGGCGAUGGAUCUCUCCUGGAACAGCAGCUUCCGCGUAUCAGCACCAUGCCAGACGAGUGCCCAGCAGCAGCAGCAGCCCCAAGUGGCCAGCUCCCUCCCGCCAAACAGCCCUCUGAUGCAGACCUCCGGCUUGCAGAGAGGAGUGCAGCUCCCCCCGCUUUCUGUCACUGCCUCCUCCACAAUCCCACAGUCUCCACCAGGAAGCCAGACUUCGAUGGGAAUAGACAUCAGCUCGGGGUCUCUCCAGCAGUACCGCAGCAAUGCCGGCUCCCCAGCCAACCAGUCUCCCACUUCUCCUGUCUCCAAUCAAGCUUUUUCUCCCGGCAGCUCCCCCCAACAAACAUCCAUUCUGGGGAGCGUCUUCGGUGAUUCUUGUUACGAUCAGCAGAUGACAACCAGGCAGGCAAAUGCUUUGUCGCAUCAGCUCGAGCAGUUCAACAUGAUCGAGAACGCCAUCAGCUCCAACAGCCUGUACAGCCCGUGCUCCACUCUCAACUACUCCCAGGCGGCCAUGAUGGGGCUCACGGGGAGCCACGGAAGCCUCCAGGAUUCCCAGCAACUCAGCUAUGCCAGUCACGGGAACAUCCCAAACAUAAUCCUAACAGUGACAGGUGAAUCUCCCCCCAGCCUCUCGAAGGACCUGACCAGCUCUUUGGCCGGGGUGGGGGACGUCAGCUUCGAUUCGGAUUCCCAGUUCCCACUGGACGAACUCAAAAUCGACCCCUUGACCUUGGAUGGGCUGCACAUGCUGAACGAUCCCGACAUGGUCCUGGCCGACCCUGCCACAGAGGACACUUUCCGGAUGGAUCGGCUGUAGAGGCGGAAGGCCUCUGGCGGAGAGAGAGAAGAGAGGAGGAAGAGAGAGAGAGAAAGCAGGCAGUAUCCCAGAGUGUCUGUGCCGUCCUGGGAGAGGGGGGGACUGGCCCGGCUUGAUUCGGAGCAGCUAAGAGCAACAGCAUCACCACGUUCCAUUCUCAGAGCUCUUUCGACACCCGCAGACCUGCUGUCCUGCCCCCUCCCUCCCUCCCUGCCUCCCUUGGUGCUGUCUUUAACCCUUUGCACCCCUCUCGGGGGGGGGGGGUAACGCUUGGCCAACUCCUCCCUAUUCCGUCUCUUCCCUCCCGCUUGCCACCAAAGUUCCAGCAUUUGAUUCGUUUACCCUUUGCACUAAAAGGUCUAAAAGGUUCUUUUUUGUGGGAGGGGCAGAGGAGGGUGAUCUCACUUCCCCCCCCCCUUCUUCCAGGGCGGACUGAAUUGUCCAGAAGAUAAAUUAUUAUUAUUAUUAUUAUGUUAUUAUUAUUUUACAUUUCUGUAUGUAAAUUACCAAGCCUUUGGUUUCUGUUACAGAAACAGCCACCUCCGCAUGAAACUGUGGGUGCUUGCGGGGAAAGGGUGGGGGGAGGGGCGCGGCUUAAUGAACUUUGACCUCCCCCAUGUGAAUUCUAAAGCUCUCUUGUCGUCGUCGCUUUUCUCCUACAGAAGGGGAAAUGAGGUAAAUGGUGGAGUCUUUUUGCUCUGUGACUGUCCACAAUUGCUUCCUGAAUCUGCUGCUUGUAUGUUUUCCGAGGGGUACAAUGACUUACGCCUUUCUGUCCCCUUUUUUCUGAGUCUGUUUCCUUCCUGUUGUCCAGAUCUGCAAGCGACAACUGGAGUAACUUCGUGCUGUCCAAUGCACUUUCAAAAAAAAUGCUAUUCACCACGGGUGGGAGGGGGGGCGGCAUGCAUCGGUUGCACGAGCCACAGAUGACCCUUCUGAGCAGCAAGCACAUGAAAGCAUUCUUUGAUCGAAGGCUGGACUGAGGCAGGGGCUGGGGGGGGGGAGUGGGUGGGGAGGGGCAGUCCCUUCUCAAUUGCACAUGCGGCUUCCAUAAUGUCAUUACCUGCAGGGGAUGAUCGCAGCAACCUGAUGAAGCAGAUUGAGCAUCGUGGAGGUUAUUUGUCCUAAUUAUUCUCAUUAUUAUUAUUAUUAUUUUUAAAAAAAGAACUGUUAUCUCUUUAAAACAUGCAACCUUUUGCAUGGAAGGUGUAAUUCUUGUCUGGUAUAAACUCUGUAUUGUGCAUGAAGUAUCUGGCUAGUACAUAAAGUGAGCUGAAUCCAGGUGGGCUAAACGGGUGUUCGACGCCGGCCCAGCAGACAGGUGGGGUUGCAGGAUUCCAAGUCAUAUCACAAAAUGCUCUUGGGGGAUCGUACCUUGCCGUGGACCAGGGCCCACCGACAUGGUGUCCAUCAACAGCUUUCCCGGCGCCCACCAAGUGUUUUUAGAAAGUCGACUGGGCCCAGGUGGGGCUUGUGCCCAACAAGGCCUCUGAUUGGCAUUUGGAGCUUUGAUUGGCCGUGCAGAUUUUUUUAAAAGCUUGCUUUGACAGAAGCUGCCACCACAGCGUAAGCAUCUUCACUGGGUGACUGGCGGUGAGCCGCAGCAGCCCCUUCUGUGGCCGGCUCCACCACCUGCGGCGACCAUUUUGCGACUGCGCUCAUCACACUGUCAAAAGGUUGGGGACCCCCUGCCCUAGACUUUGGGGGCAAAGUGGGGCCAACCUGCAGAUGCCAUUGUGCCCCUCAGGAGACCGGAGUCAUACGUCAGGAUGAGAGAGAAUGGAGGGGGCGGGAUAGCCGGGAUAAUGUCAGUGGCAGAAAAAGAGCCCGCCCCCCGGUACAUUCAAUCCAGCACGCGGGGUAUUUUUGCCAACCAAUUGGCUUGACACAGUUGGGGAGGGAUGUUUCAUUUUUGUUCGUUGGUUUCUGUUGUAAGAAGGCGACGCCCUGAGCUAGGUGAAAAUGGUCCUCUGUGCACAGGACUACCGUCCUCCAGGUAAAUCUUGGAGACCACCCAGCUUUGCAACUGAUUUCGAAUCUAUAGCUUCCCUGGAGAAAACUGCUCCUUUGGAGGGUGGGAUUUCAGGCCUUGUUCCCCACUUCAGUCACUUCCCAGGUUCUCCAGGAAUUCCCCAGCCCAAGGUUGUCAACCUGACCUGUGCAUCUUGCACUGCGGCCUCUCUUGUUCUUCUAACAUUUGUUGUGUGGUUGUUGGAGGCCUUGGCCCAUAACCUGGUGGGGCUUUUCUGUCCAGGGGCUCCUAGCGAGUUCGCUCCUCUCCGAGCAGCCGUCCGUUCCCGUGCUGCGACUGUUUGGUCAAAUGCUGUUCCCAAGUCGCCUUUGGUGUGGUCAGCCAGGUGGUUCCUGGGUUUUUUUGUUCCAGGAGUAGAAUUCCCUUUAAAAUGAAUGUGCUUUUAAUAAUUUGCAUGGAACUCUUAUUAGAAAAACAUCUCCUCCUUGUUUCAGACCCAUUGUGGAUGGAGGGCCGGGGACAGUUAAAGUGAAGAUAAGGUCGAAAUGGUUGGUUGCAGGUAGCAGAAGGGGGGGCUAUUUUUUGAUGCCAUGACUCAGUAGCCCCCAGAAUUGGGGGUCGGGGAGUAUUAUAUGGCCCACUCUGUCUGGCCUAUAAGCAGGCCGUUGGGGCCAAUUUCCCUGCAGUGUCCUCUCUAGGCUGAGAGCUGCCAGUGUCCUUUGGGUACUAAAUUCAGGAGCUGUUGUGGGUUCAAAUCCUGACAUCCUCCCCCCCCCUUCUCAGACUGCCCCUGAUGAGUUGUAGCUUGAUGGCCAGGUGCUCCCAGAAACCAUAUUAUCACAGGGAUCCCUCAUCCUCACCCUCCGUUCCGAGUACACAUUUGCCCAACAUUUCAUCUGUGCCAUUAUUGUUGUUGUUGUUGUUGUUGUUUUCAUUUUUUGCACUAAGGAAACAAAAGUGAUAAUAGAUUUAUGUUUUCAUUCAUUUUGGGUUUUUUUUUAAAAUGUACAGUCUUGUGAUUUCUUCUUGAUGAGAUUUUUUUCCCCUUCCCCCUUUUGAUUCCUGAGAAACACUCCAUUUUAUAACACUUGUCAGUAUUUUAGUUUGAGCUCCUUUGGAUACUCCCAGUGGUCUCCUUAUUUCAAGCUUGCUAUUGCCUCCUUUCUUUCAUAUACAGCAGAGGUGUCCAACUCUGGUGCUUCAGAUGUUCAUGGACUACAAUUCCCAUCAGCCCCUGCCGGCACAGCUAUCAGCAGGGGUUGAUGGGAAUUGUAGUCCAUGACCCUCUGAAGCGCUGGAGUUGGACACCCCUGAUAUGCCGGAAGGAUGCCCUGAUUUGAUAAAGUUAAUAAAACAUAAAGCUUAGCUUAUCUCUUGUUUCACACACUGACUGGAGCUAUGGUGCUGAGAGGACACAUCACUUUCUGCCUUUGCCAGUACCGAGUCAGUUCUUUGGGCUUCGAAGGCGUGCACAGUCCAAUCCUUGGCUCUGUGCUCCACUGGAAAAUGACGUCACUAGCAUGGGGGUGUCCAACUGUAGCACUUCAGAUGUUCAUAGACUACAAUUCCCAUCAGCCCCAGAGUUGGACACUUCUGCACUAGCAGAAUGGAUCCACAGAAUCCAACUCAUCCCUUCAGUUUCUCCCAGUAUGUCUUUUGUGAGUGUGUGUGUCAUUUUUUCGAGACUUCCUGGAUUUUUAGAAUACCAGCUGUUGAUCCUUUUCUGUUGUUUUGUUGGGUGGGAACAUUGAGCCAAAAUGAAGGGAUACUGCACCCAGUCCCGGGAAAGGCUGCGACUCUCAAACGAUACGAUUGUGUAAAGGAAGAGAGAUUGCUGAGCUGUCUCUCCUUCCUUCCUUCAUUUCUCUCUUCCUUUCUUUCUGCUAAACAAAACCAACCGACACCUGUACAUAGGAGAGCUUUGUGUAUUGAUAACCUGUAAGUAAAUAUUUUACAAAAAUGGCCUUAAUUUAAAUACAUGCACCUGCGAUGGUUUUUCUUAAAAAAACACCCCUAGUUGGAUGCAAUUUGUUGGCUUGUGAGGGGGUUGGUGGCACUUAGGGACCAUUUGCUUUGGAGGAGUAUUUAGUUUAUGUUGGAGCUGGAAGUAAAAAUUGAAGGAGACCGUACAAGGAUUUGGGAGACUUGGAGGGAGUUGGCCAUCUUGCUCUAUUACUCUCUCUCUAGUUGGGAGCACGGUUGCUGCUUUUGUUUAAUUCGUUGAUUGCCAAGGAGGUUAUUUCAAUGUUAUAUUGUCGAAGGCUUUCACGGCCAGAAUAACUUGGGGUGCUGUGUGGUUUCCGGGCUGUAUGGCCGUGUUCUAGCAGCAUUCUCUCCUGACGUUUCG